GGCCGGGGGCGGGGGCUUCGCGCGGGCCCGCGAGAUGCCGGUGUUGGCCGCCCGAGCGGCUGUAGCUGCUGCGGCGGGGGAGGCGGCAGCCCGGCCCGGUCGGGGGACUGCGCUGGGGGCCGGCGCGUAGCCGGGACUAUGGAGGGGCAGAGUGGCCGCUGCAAGAUCGUGGUGGUGGGGGACGCGGAGUGCGGCAAGACGGCGUUGCUGCAGGUGUUCGCCAAGGACGCCUACCCCGGGAGUUAUGUCCCCACUGUGUUUGAGAACUACACUGCGAGCUUUGAGAUCGACAAACGCCGCAUUGAGCUCAACAUGUGGGACACUUCAGGUUCCUCUUACUAUGACAAUGUCCGGCCUCUGGCAUACCCUGAUUCAGAUGCUGUGCUCAUUUGCUUCGACAUUAGCCGACCAGAAACACUGGAUAGUGUCCUCAAGAAGUGGCAAGGAGAGACUCAGGAGUUCUGCCCCAAUGCCAAGGUUGUGCUGGUUGGCUGUAAACUGGACAUGAGGACUGAUCUGACUACACUGAGGGAGCUGUCCAAGCAGAGGCUCAUCCCUGUCACACACGAGCAGGGCACUGUGCUGGCCAAGCAGGUGGGGGCCGUGUCCUAUGUGGAGUGCUCCUCCCGGUCCUCAGAGCGCAGCGUCAGGGAUGUCUUCCACGUGGCCACUGUGGCCUCCCUGGGCCGUGGCCAUAGACAACUUCGUCGUACUGACUCACGCCGUGGACUACAGCGAUCAGCCCAGCUGACAGGGCGGUCAGACCGGGGGACAGGGACUGAGGGCGAGCUCCACAAGGAUCGAGCCAAAAGCUGUAACCUCAUGUGAGGGGCCAGGAGAUGGGGUCUGGUUGGGAGGAGGAGGGUUGUGUGGGGAACUGGCAUCAAGAGUAAUCUUGAGUCUCAGCUUAUAAAGGGUGCCUUCUAUCCCCCACCCCUUGUCUCCGUGUCCUGGCCCUGGUUUCCUUUCCCAUGGAAGGUAACCACUCUAUGACCUUCCCUUCUCUGCUUUCACUUCUACAGCUGUUAUCCCACAUCCCAAGCAACAUUCACUAAAUUACAAAGUUGAGAAGCCCCCAUACCAUCUCCCUAGCAGUCCUAGCCCCUCCCUUUCCCCAACAGGUCCCAAAUAAAGCCCAUAUCCAAGGAAAA